AGUCAGUCGCCGCAGAGACGGACUCACGCCGCCGUGAGGGGGACACGUUUACCAUGGGAUCAGCUUCUUAAAUGAAACCUGGAACGAGGGAUUACAACUGGAAAAAACCCUAGUGUUUCCAGGCGAGAUGGACUCCAAGCGCCAGGGCGUGGUGAUGGAGCGGCUGGUGAAUGAGCUGGGCUGUCUGCUAAAGAUGCUGGACCACGAGACAGUCAGCCCGGCUACGUCCGACAAGAUCGCCUCCGUACGCAACAUCCUGGACACUCUUCCGCUGUCAGUCAAUGGAUCAGAUGUCUACAUGAAUAGUGGUCUCUAUGGAAACGGCACUAGCUUUGUAGAGUCUCUGUUUGAGGAUUUUGACUGUGAUUUGCACAUGCUCAGUGCAUCUCCAGUGGAGCAGAAGGAGCCAAAUAACGAGGAGGAGAAGACUCAUCCUAAUAAAUCUACGCCCACGGACACCCCCCCUCCCGUGCCGGCCACCCCACUUCCUGAUGACUACUAUGAAGAAGCCGUUCCUCUGGAUCCUGGAACCACGCCACAGUACAUUACCACCAACCUGACCACUUCCAGGAACUCUGUGGAGGACGCCUACUACGAAGACGCUGACAACAACUACCCCACCACCCGGAUUAACGGGGCCCCUAAAGACUCCUGUCAGUCUGCCCAACUAUGUGACUACAAUGACUCAGACGCUCUGAGCAGCUCCUAUGAGUCGUACGAGGAAGAGGACGAUGAGGCGAAGGGGCGGGACGCGUCCCAGAGGUGGACGGCGGAGGGAAGCCCGGACGGACCCGUCAGGGACUGUCGUAUCUGUGCCUUCCUGCUGCGGAAGAAACGCUUCGGCCAGUGGGCCAAGCAGCUGGUCGUGGUCAGAGACAAUAAACUGCAGUGUUAUAAGAGCAUCAAGGAGGCCUCCCCCCACACAGAGCUCCCCCUGAAUCUCUGUAACGUCAUCUACGUCCCAAAGGAAGGUCGGAAAAAGAGGCACGAGCUGCGUUUCUCGUUGCCUGGAGGUGAAGCUCUGGUCCUGGCCGUUCAGAGUAAAGAACAGGCCCAGCGGUGGCUUAAGGUGGUCCACGAUGUGGGCAGCCAGUGUAACAACACGGACGGGCUGAAUGGAUCCACGUCUCCCAUCAUACAGAGAAAGCUGGAGCUUGACAAGAUGCUGCAGCCUGACAGACCGGCGUCGGACUCAGACAGCGGCCCGACAGCUGACAGUCAGUCCAGUCAUCAUGUCUCAGGCCGGGACACCACUGACUCACUUAGCAGGGGGAAGCGCGGCACCUUCUCCGAGCUGACGGGGUCCAUGAGCCGAGCAGCAGGGAAGAAAAUCAAUCGAAUCAUCACAUUCUCUAAAAAGAAGAUGCCUUUACCAGACGAGCCUCACUCUUCCUCCGGAAACCAUGACAACCCCCGCUGUGGUUUUCUCAGCGUGUGUCUCAGCGGCUGUUGGAAGGAGCGUUGGUGUGUGCUGCGAGGGGGAAGCUUGUACCUGCACAAGGAGCCGGGCGACCAGCGGCCCCCCGUCAUCGUGGUGCCCCUCAAGGGGGCAGAGGUGGUUCCAGGGGGACUGGGACCCAAACAUCCUUUCUCCUUCCGCAUCAUGCAAGGAGGAAAUGAACUGGCAGCGUUAGAGGCCAGCUGCUCGGAGGAUCUGGGCUGUUGGUUGGGGGUUCUGUUCGCCGAGACGGGCAGCGCUGCCCUCCCCGAAGAGUUGCAUUACGACUACAUCGAUGUGGACACGCUCACGGACAUACAGCAGGCCGCCAGACAGUCCUUCAUGUGGGCGACUAACACGGCUACGUCCUCCAGCGGGGCCUCGGUUUACUCCAGAACCUACGACGAGGUCUAUGAAAGUGUUGCGGAUGUGGACGUGGAGAACAAAGCAGGCCAGGUGAGACGCCACGCCUCCUUCUCCAGCAGGGACUCGGAGAAGACGGAACAACAGGCCACCGUUAAGAGACACACCUCCAAUGUAAAUCAGUACGGGCGCUACGGGAAGACGCGUGCAGAGGAGGAUGCCAGGCGGUACCUUCAACAGAAAGAGGAGCUGGAGAAGCAAAAGGACGAGCUCAGGAAUUCGCUGAUCUCCCUCCGCAGGGAGAAGAAAGGGGUGAAGGAGGAGAUGAAGACUGGCACAGGUCCUGAUGUGGAAAAGCGGUUAGCCGAGCUGGAGACGCUGUGUAAACAGAAGGAGGCGGAGAGGGUGGAGCUGGAACUGAGACUGACAGAAGUCAAAGAAAACCUGAAGAAAUCACUGGCUCGGGGGUCGCAGGGUCCUCCUAACGACACCAAGAUCAGCGUCAAGGUGUCGAGAACUAACGUGGAAAAAGUUUACAAUGAGAGUUUGCCUGUUAACGCGGCGUCCGAGCUCCGUAAGCGCCCUCCGUCUCUCUACGCCUCCUCCAAGGGGAACGUCAUGCAGAAAGCUAAGGAGUGGGAGUCGAAGAAGGGGACCUAGACUGAACGUGAAGAGAUCAAGUGAAGGACUGAUGGGGAGAAAAAGUGAGCACGGCAGAAGGAUGCAAAAAGAAAAAUGGAAGAAGAGUCAGGUAACUAGCACUGAAGAGAAGAAAGAUCAGAAAAAAGGAUGAACUUUUCCCUCUUCUUAUAUUAAAGGAAAUGUACAGCCAGCCCGGAGCUGCCUCAACCACUGUAAAUACGACUGAAACAGCAGCGAUCACUAUGAACAUGAAGUCUAUACCGUAUUGUUUGUCUUUCAUGUGUUUACGUCCCUGCUGCGCUGCAGAAGGUAAACGUGUGUGUGUUGUAAAGGGAGAGUGGUUCUUAAAGAUACUGUGAGUUCAGAGUUACAGGCAAUGCUUCCUAUCUACACCUCCGUCCAGUCGUUGGUGGGGCUUUUUUUAUUUCCUUUCCCCAAAAACUUGUAAUUGAAAUGUCAAAAACUAAAGAAAUAUGUUGUUGUUUUUACCUUAAAUUAUCAUCAUUAUUGAUAAAUGUAUCUUAUAUCUGGUAUUUAAAGCUUUAAAUCACGAUGACUCAAUUGUUUUCCGAGAUGAAUAAAUCCGUGUUUAUUGUAACAAUGUGAACGGUCGCUUUAAACCAAUAUAUGGAUAUUUUUUCAUAUUUGACUUUUGCACUUUAUCUUGUUGUAUAUUGUGAUUAUAUAAUAUAACGUUUCAGAAAUUGACCUUUUCUGCCCCUCAUCACCAAAUAAUUGGAAGACAAAUGCCUGUGUGUGGUUUUCCUGCUCAUCACAUGGACGUGAACAGAAACUCACAUUUGAGUAAAGGAUUACUGCUUCAACAAACGUGUGUUGUUCAAUUAGUUUCUUUUUUCUUCUGCUGUUGAAACUCCUUUAUUUGGAAAUGAUGAGUUUUAGAAUAAGAGGAUGAGC